AUGGACUUUCACUCUGCCAGGCGUGCAGUUCUACAGCUGUUGGAUGCUGUGGUUCCUGCUGACCGGCCAGCGCUGCUCCGGUGGAUGCGAACGACCAGAGACUUUGAUGAAUUCAUUGAAGAUAAUAAUGAAAUUAUGUUGAAAAACAUAGCAGAAGACCUUCGGAGCUGUUUACCUAUAGAAACUAUGCUUUCCUCGGAACAACUAGCCCUUCAGAAAAUACAGCAGCAGCCAGAACCCACAGUUCACGUUGAUGCAUUCCUUUAUGAUGAAGACUUUAUUGAUUCAUUAUGUGAAGAAGGAAAAAUGAGCAGAAACUACUGCAUGGUGUGUGGUUCACACCAAACAGCACCUUUAAGAUUUAUUUCUCAUUCUUUCUCCCUUGUGGAAUUGAAGUUUAUAUAUAAUCAUGUACUCCCUGAUCUGUCAGGAAAGAUCUUGGUUGACAUUGGCUCCAGACUUGGCACAGUUCUCUAUGGGGGUUAUCUUUACAGUUCAGCAUUGCAACUGUAUGGAGUUGAAAUGAAUGAAGACUUUUGCCAGUUGCAGGAAAUGGUCAUUAAAAAGUACCAGUUUGCUGACCGAAUAAAGGUGCUUCACGCAGACAUCUGUACCCAGGAUUCACUUCUGCAAAAUGCUGAUGUUGUUAUAAUGAAUAAUGUGUUUGAAUAUUUUCUUAAUGAGGCAGAACAAGCCAGAGCCUGGGAAUAUAUCAGCCAUCAUGUGAGGAAACAAGGAUCAUUAUUAAUUACUGUACCAAGUCUUCAAGAGGCUCUCUCAGGUCUUCAGACUAAUAUACAGUUAUCCCUCUGGGUUGAAGAGAUACCUUUGACCUAUGAUGUCUACCCAGAAAAGGAUAUUGACAGAGAAGCUCUUGAACAAAUUCAUUUAUAUAAGAUUCUACAGCACUAA